AUGGCUCGCAAAAGAAGUCGACUAACCCUAGACGACUUGCCAGAUUGCAUUCUGCCCAUCAUUCUCAGUAAAAUUCCUUUCAAAGAAGCAGUUCAUUGUUCACUUGUCUCAAAAGGAUGGAAAUUUUGCUGGACAUUUGCAAAAAAUCUAAAAUUUCCAGAGGAUUUCUUUUCUUCAUCGCGUAGCCCUACUGAAAUCCAAAAUAUAAUAGAUCUUAUUUUUGAGCGUCAUUCUGGUCAGCUUGAAGUUUUCGAGUUUAACAAUGUUCGAUUCUGCUGUUCAAGUGAUAAGAUUUCUGAUUGGAUUCAUUGCGCGGCUCUUAAGACAGACUUGUUUCGGCGUGAUGAUGAGGCAAUUUUACCGCUUGAGAAUCUAAAGUGGGUUCAUCUGAACAUAACCUACUUUCAUCACCCUGUGUCUCUACUUUCCUGUCUUUUUCGAAUAGCACGGGCGUUGAAAACAUUAUUAAUUUCCCGAAAGAAAGGAUUCAAUGGCGUUAGUGCUCAGGAAUUUAUCAAUCUGGCUUGGAAUCUUCAGCGACCAUCUACAGAAACCAAAGUUUUCUUAUCACGGUGUACUGCAAAGGAAAAGAUAUGCGUCGACUGCGAUCUUGUGAAUUUUAUCUGA